GACCUCCCGAUGUCCACUAUUAUUAAAUCUGUUUUACAGGAACACAUGAGAUUAAUUGACGAUCAUACUUGAAGAUCAUCUACUUCUUAUGAUGGAAGACUUUUCUUUGUUGAAAACUUUUAUUGAUUUUAUAUUUUGCUUGGAUAUGUUAUUUCAAGAUUAUUAGGUGCUUGAAGACCUAAGUGAAGUAUUGAAGUAAGAUUCAACUCAAGACCUACGUGGGCCCCACAUGGUCUUGUGGGCCCCACACAGAUGACUUUUGGUGCGUGAUGACCCCAGCUGAUAUAUUGAAGCGAGUUUGAGUCCAUGACGCAUGUGGGCCCCACAUAGCUUCAUUGGUCCCACAGGGAUUUUGGCCCCCUUUGGCAUUGUGAGGCUACAACGUUCUCUCUAGAGAUUAAGUGGUGAGAGACCACUAAUCUAUCCAGCGACUGCAUCAUCCCCUCCUUCAUCUAAUACUCUCACGGCCUCCAUCAACACCACACGACCGCCACCAACAUACACCCACACAGUCACCUGACACUCCAUAGCUGCGUUCGUCUUGGUGUUUCAAAGCUUGUACGAAGGAUUUACGGUGUAAUCUAAAUACGUGUGGAACAACAUCAAGUUAUCCAAACGAAUCUCUUGGUCGUUUCUGAUAAUUCCAGGAUGCAUAGAAGGAAGAGACAGAAGUAUAAACAUCUUAAAGCCAGGACUUCGGUCAUGAAGCGAGCAGAAGAACUCCAAGCAAAUCUAGAAACUGAAUUCCCAAGCUUUAUAAGGGUUAUGCUCCAAUCUUUCGUUGCUCGCGGAUUUUGGAUGGGCAUUCCUCAGAAGUUCUGUCAUUUGCAUAUGCCCAAGCAUGAUUCCGUUGUUGUAGUGGUAGAUGAAAGUGGGGAAGAAUACAACAUAACCUAUCUUGCAGACAAGAGAGGACUGAGUGGUGGAUGGAGGGGAUUUUCCUUAGCACACAACUUACUUGUGGGAGAUGUUUUAGUCUUCCAGCUAGUCAGGCCUACUGAGUUUAAGGUGUACAUAGUGAGGAGAAAUGGUUUAGCUGAAAUGGAUGGGACUCUUUGCCUUCUGAAUUUGGAUGCCUCUACAGAUGGAUCUAGCUCUGAUGCACAGGAAAAUUUGAACAUCAAUACACAAAAUGAAGAGUACUCUUUGGAGCCUCAGUCGCCCGAGAUUCCCCAAGAAGAUAUCCAAAAGAAUGCCCCAGUGGAAUCUCCGGCCCCUAAGAUGAUUCCUCAGGAAGAUAUUCAAAAGCAUAACCCAGUGGAAUCUCGGUCUCCCGAGUUCGCCCGAGAAGAUACUCAAAACAAUACCCCAGUGGCACCAGAUGUGGAUGUUGAGCCUCCAGCAGAGACUCAUCAGCCAGAGCGUGCAGUGAGGAUCAUGACUCAGGAGUCGGAAGUUCUUGGAGGCCUCAAGUCUCCCGGACCCGUUCUUGAUUUUAACGAAGUGAAAUGCAUAGAGCAUUUUGUCGUUCUCGUGAACGGUUUGGAAAUAGGCUCCAAGCUCACGGGUCACACUCUCACCAAUUACUACGAACUCUGCCGCACUCGGAGAUCAUUUCUCCACGACCGUCUUCUCCGAAACAUUAGUUGCCAAUUGGCUGCAACAAUAAUUUCAGAGACGGUUAAUAUAUCCAACGCCAUUAGAAGCUGUGAGCUUUCCACCUCUUGGGCAGACUACAUGAGCUGGCGCAAGACUUUGUUGAGCUUUGAGAUGCUGGGCAUGAAUGUUGGUUUCAUGCGCUUUCGGGUGAAGAAGCUUGUCAACCUCGCUUUUGAGUCCGAGGGUGCUGCCCAAACUAGGAGGCAUAAGGAAGUUCAAGUGGCGCGAGCCUCGGUCGGAGAGAAGAUAAGGAGUUUGGAAUUGAAGCUUUUGGAAUUGAGAGGUGAGGCAGAAAGGCUUGAGGCUGAGAAUGAGAUUUUGGAGAAGAACUGCAAGAAGCAUGAGCUAGUGUUCCUGGAAGAGGCAAAUGCCCCUUGGUGUGAUGACUGAUGAGGUUUUUUGGCUGCGACUUUAGUAAUGGUAUCUAAGUAGAAGUAAAUUGACUUAAAAGAAUUCAUAUAGCCGAUCUCUUUGGAAUUAGAAGUAAGAUAGGGAUUACAAAAUGACCUUUAAUAUAUUGGUUCACAAAGGAAAAAAAAUCUUAGGACCCUUUUAGUUGUGGAAA